GUCCCGAAAGAGAAAUCACAGAGAAUCCAACAUGGCUGCCGACUGUAGCCAGAGUUUGGGUUUCUCACUUCUUCUUACGAUUUUCCUCCUUCCUUCGGCCUUUUCUUGGGACACCAAGGAACUGGAACUCUUCGACUUAGUGGAGGAAGUCAACCAAAACUUCUAUGAAGUCCUAGGACUAGACCAGUCCGCGUCCAUGUCGGACAUCCGCAGGUCGUAUCGUAAGCUGGCGCUACAGAUGCACCCUGACAAGGUCAAGGGUGAGGGGUCAGCCGAGGACGCAGAGGAGCGGUUCAGAAAGCUUGUUGCAGUUUCCGAGGUUCUCCGAGAUGAGGACAUGAGAAAAAAAUACGAUGAGAUUCUGGUUACCGGUUUGCCCGACUGGCGCACGCCGGUGUAUUACUACCGGCGCGUGCGGAAGCUGUCGCUGGUAGAGAUGUCCGUCUUCCUGUUGGUCAUUCUCACCAUCGGUCACUACCUGGUUGCCUGGUCCAUCUACUUCGAGAGGAGAUUUGAACUGAUGGAGAUUGCCCCCAAACGGAGGAAGAAGAACAAGAAAGGAAAGAAGGAGGCUGAGACAGAAGACUCCCUCCUUGAGUCCAUGCCUGAGGAGAUACAGAACAAGCUGAAGAAGCCCGAGUUCCGAGACCUCCUACCCCUGGCGCUGGGGAGGGGGGCAUACUGGCUCAUUUUUGCUAUCCCAGAGACGUACAGGUCCAUACAGGAGGCGCGAUUAGAGGAACAAAAGAGAAGAGAAGAGGAGGAGAGAAUACUGAAGGAAGAAGAGGAAGAACGAAAGAAGCCAAAGGAGCCCAAAGUGCGCCGGCGGCCCAAACCGGAAAUCCCUCAGUACGACAUGUCCGGGGGGAAUACGGAGAUCCUCUGGGACAGCGCGCCCACCAUCAGCAUCGACUCUAUCGAGGCAGAUCUGGACUCUUACCUCGAUGAUGAGCCUGUUGUCAAGAAAAAGAAUGUAGAAUGGACGGAGGAUGAGCUGUCGCAGUUGGCGAAGAGCAUGGCGAAGUUUCCCGGGGGAACCGCCGGUCGCUGGGAGAAGAUCGCCGCAGAGGUCGGCAGGCCUGUGUCGGAGGUCACCACCCAGGCCGCCAAGGUCAAGUCCAAUAAGUUCACAGUGGUACAAGGGAAGCCAGCUCCUGGUUCUGUUCCAAACGCGACAAAAAUAAACCAGAAGGGGAAGGGCAUUUCUGAUGAUAUUAUCUCAACAAGAGACACGGACGAAACAGACGACAUCAACGCAUUUCUAUCGGGCGACGGCUUGAGUCAGGGUCGGGGUCGCAAGUCCAAGAAGAUUGACAGCGACGUCGCGAAAACGGACGGCAAGAAGAAAUCCAAGAGCGAUAAAAACGUGGAUAGAACUGCUCUGAUUCCCGGCGCGCCAAAAGUGAAAGUACAGAACGGCAGGGAAGAAAGAGUCGCAGCGGAAAACAAAAGUGUCAGUGAUGCCAAGUCUAUACUAGAUGCCAGCGCACACAUGGACAGCGGAGCAUGGUCACAGAAACAGCAGAAACAGCUGGAGACAGCAAUAGCACAGCACCCCAAGGGGACAGCAGAGAGAUGGGAGAAAAUUGCUGAGAUGGUGCCUGGCAAGGGAAAGGAAGACUGUAUGCUGAGAUACAAGGAGUUGGUGGAGAGAGUGAGGAAGAAGAAACAGACAGCAGAGAAAGACACAGCAGACAGCUAACCCCUGGAUAGAAGGAGUUGCAUAUAAUAAUCGUUACUGUUCUCAUAGUAAACUGUUUCUCACAAAGAAGGAAAAUAGUAUUAGUGUUAGUGAAGAAACCAUAAUGUUAGGUGCAUCAAAUUUGGUUCGUAAGGACAAUAUUUUUUUCUUUUAAUAAAAGUUAGGUGGAUUGAAUAACAUUGUUUUUUUGUAUGUAAAACUGUAGAUAGUUUGUAGGUUAUUCACAAUGUGGUACUUAUCAUAACAGUAAUAUUAAUGUCUCUAAGAAAUAUCUAUGCUGCAGUUGUGUCUAAAAAUGUGCCAGAGGAAAAUGCAUUGCUCCUGUACAUGUAUAGUUGUUAUAGUCAUGUCUACAAGCAAGAUUGUACAAUGUUAGAUCAUGUACAUUUAUAAGGCCAUGUUGAUUUGAUUAUAUAGAUUACAUCCAAAUGUAGAUAACUUUCAUAUGCUUCCAAGGAAAUGUUUUUUGGUGUCCUUUCUUUACACAACUUGGCGUAACUAAAAGUCUAAAUGGUAAAGAAAUGCUCUUGAGUUGUGUACUGUUUCAAAAAUUAGACUACACGUACCUUGGGAAGUUUUUUUUUCUGAAAAUGUGUAAAAAGCCAAACCAGAGAUGUUGUAGCACAUAUUGUACUUCCAACAGAUACCUGUAGUAAACAGUUGUUAAGAAAGAAUAUCUUGUGACGCUGAAGAAGAGUGAUGGAUGUCAGUUAAAACUUCCGGAAGUAAAUCUCCGUUUUUUAUCCAGUUGUACAGAUUGAACUGUAUUUGAAUAGAAAGAAAGCCUUUUCAUGUACAAAGAUACGUGAUAUUUUUGCAGGUAGAUCUAUACCAGACAGUAGCAAUGACGAAUUAUAAUUGAAAUCUUGGCAAUUUCUGAUAAGUUUUAGAAGCUGAGAAUACACAUGUAUUGCAGUAGUAUUUAUUGUUACCAACAGGAGUUUACCAUUAUGCAGUUUUUGAUGACAGUUUAUUGUUGCUGUACUGAUACAUGUUUAACAAUGUUGCCAAUGUUUUUAAGAACCUUUUAUUUAUACAUUUUUUUUCCAAACUUUCAUUGUUUAUGUCAUAUUGUGGUCAUUUUUGUGUAACAUGAAAUAUCAUAAUUGCAAGCCCAGUCCAAGGUAGCGGUACAUUUUCUGGGCAAAAAAUGGGGUUCAUUCUCUGGCAAUUUUGAAAUUUAACUGUUGUCUAAUUUUGUGGAAGGUUGUUGACAAUGUGACGCUUUCUAAAAACAUCACUUUUUGGAAGUGUGGUUUGGAGUAGAACAACACUUAAAAUUUCAAUUCAAAGCAUGUCCGCCAUCUUGGAAUAUCUGAAACACCUGUACAUUUGAGAGUGUGCAGAAAAGACCAUAGGGACAGAAAUAUGCAAAAAGAAAACUGCAGAACUUUUCUAUACAAACUUUCUUUAAUCUUUGACUGUUACAGGACUGGGUAUCGGAUUCUUGUGAGCCAAAAGCUGAACAUAGAAGUCAAGGGAAAUGUUUCAGUGAUAUACACUACAGAAGUUGCCUCAAAGAUAUUAGUGAAUAAAGGAUGUUAUUCUUA